AUGCUUCGAAACAUACUCUUCACAACUUUGCCGCUUCUCGUGGAGGCUGCGUACCUCGACCCAUCGCUACAACAGCAGAAGCCUUUGCUGGACCCCAAGCCAGCGUCUGGCCGUGUGAUCCCCAUUACACUAGACCAUGAUCUUCACUACACCUUCAUCAACUCUCCUCCUGUCUUCGACUUAAAGCCUCUCGAGCACCUCCAAAACUCAAUGGCUAGCUAUAGCGCCGGAGGACCCAUUCAAGAAACCAUACUCGUCAACAUCCCUCUCAACAGUUCACAGUCCGGCACCGCCACUUUCUACACCAUUUCUGAAUCAGAUUCAUGGUCGCAGGCUGCCGAUAGAUUCAUUUGGAUGCAACAGGAACGACUACAUCUCCAACCCAUUCUCGGCGCCCAACUCCCUUUACUCGGUAUCGGCAUAAGAAAGAGCGGUAUGAUCUCUAUGCCUGCUGAAUCCGCCACUCUCGAUCUAAGCACACCAUAUAUCCAUGUUCCGAAAGGCAUUUGGGACGUCUUGCUACUGGCUACCAGUACUGAACAGCAAGCCAGAGAUGGCAAUGAGAUGCUGUAUGUUGAUUGUGGAGCUUUGAACAUCUUCCCUGACCUGGUAUUUGGGGUCGAGCGAGAGGAUUUUGAAGGAGGAGCUGAAGAGAAUGAUGGAGAGAACGAAGAGGACGACGAUGACGAUGUUGACGAACUGGUUGUCAAACCCGAACAAUACAUACUGCAGACCGCAGAGGGGAGAUGCAUGCUCCUAGCUAGAAACGCGGAUUCUUGUCAUGACGACAGGGGAAUAAUCAAACUUGGCUGGGCAGCGGUCAGAGGCCGUGAUGUGGUGUUGGAUUGGCAUGGGUCAAGGGUUGGCUUCGAAAAGCAGGCCUGA